UAAAGAAUCUUUGAAUUUUCAAUUUAGUUGUUCUAGAAAUUAUUAAGAAAUAAUAAUAAACAAGGCCAAAGAAAGAUGGGUGAAACCGAAGUUUAAUAGGAAUCUUAGCAUAAUAUUUAGCAGGAAACCAUUUUAAAUUAGCAAGUAGAAAAUAUUGCAAAUCCAGAAACAUAGCAAAAUGAAUAAUAACAAACUAUUCAGGUUAAAAAACCUUAGAUUACAUUUAAUUAGAUGAAAAGUUAUUAAUCUGUAUUAAGCAGUGGACCAUAAGAUACUUUUGAUGAAAUAUAAAAAGAAGAUAUUGAAUAUUUAUAGAAAUGCAAGUACAAUAUUGCUUUAUAUCCAGUUUUCACUUUAUUGGGUUUAUUUGGCUUUAAGAAAGCUAUUGAUUUCGUAUAAAUUCCUGAAAUUUUUAGAAAUCCUCUUCUACCUCCUUAGGCAAAGAUUAAAAGAACAAAAUACAUGAAAUAUUUUAUGGGUAAAUACGCACUAGCAGGAGCCUGCUUUUUAGCAACAUUAGCAGGAUGCGGAUUAUAUUAAGUCAAUAAAUUUUAUAUGUAUUUAAAGUAUAAAAAUCUUGUUGAAAGCUAUUUAGAUGCUAAAGAAAGAGAAUUUUUAAACGAACUAAAAGUGCAAGGCCAAAGAAUAGAUUUAUAGCUCAAGCUUUCUUCAAGCGAAACACAAACAGAAAAAAGUUAGUGA